AAACAGAGUUUGGUCCUUUUCUGCAAAACCCCGCUUGGGGUUGGCUUCUUGGUGACGACGGUUGGAACUAGGGCUCGAGUUGACAGCGGCUGCUAUGCUGCCGACCACGAUGAACACACUUCCGGCGAAAAUGGUUGAGGGUCUCUCUAUAAUCAGAACGUUUGCAACGUUUCCUUCUUCUCAGCUAGGUGCUCCGAGUUAUGGAUUUGUUUCGUUCUUGCAUCACAAUAGAGGAUCGAGGUUGAAUUUUCCUAAAACGGUAUGGAGUUUGGAAAAAUGUAGUAUGCGCGUGGAGAACAGUUUGCAAGCUCUUCGCCCUGCCUCUGAAGCUUUUGCUCAAGAAGCUAUUGAAGCUCUUAAGGCUGGGAAGGUUAUUGCAGUCCCCACUGAUACUCUUUACGGACUCGCUUGUGAUGCUUGUUCUUCUGAAGCAGUCAAUAGAAUUUACGAAAUUAAAGGACGUAAACUUACGAGCCCUCUCGCCAUUUGUGUUGGCGAUGUCUCUGACAUAACUCGUUUUGCUGUAGCAGACCAUUUGCCUCAUGGUUUGCUCGAUUCUCUCCUUCCAGGACCGGUGACCGUUGUACUAAAAAGAGGCGAGUCGAGUAUUCUUGAGAAGUCUCUGAACCCUGGAUUGGAGAGUAUAGGAGUCCGAGUACCCGACGCUGACUUCAUUAGGCUUAUUUCCCGUAGAUCAGGGACAGCAUUGGCUCUUACAAGUGCUAAUUUAAGUGGACAACCAAGCAGUGUCUGUGUUCAUGAUUUUGAAAACCUAUGGCAACACUGUGCUUAUGUCUACGAUGGUGGCAUUCUUCCUGCUGGACGAGCAGGUUCUACGAUUAUCGACCUCACCAAGCGAGGGACGUUUAAGAUAAUCAGAGCUGGAAGUGCCAAGGAGCAGACUGUUGCAACACUUGAAAGGUAUUCACUGUUAGAAGAAGCAGAUAGUGCUGCUUGAGUAUCAGAAUCUUCUCCACUUCCCAAACCGUAUCUGUUAGUCACUAUAGAUAGAGAUUGCGAUGAAUUUUUUUAGGCCGAGUGAAAGUAGAUCAAUUAUUAUGGUUUAAACUGAUAUGAACCACGACCAAGGAAUUUUCAUAUGUCAAGGUCCAAUUACAAGGACGAGAAUCAAAAAGCUACAACAAACUUUAUAUACUUAUAUUCAAGCUAUGGUGAGCUCAUCGUAAGAAAUUCUAGAAGACGUUGUAGAUCUCUCUUAUAUGUUGUGCAAAG